AUGACGCGGCUGCAUCAAUGCCGCAGCUCACCUAGCAAGCUCUCGAGGAGCGGCAAGAGAACGUCGAAGAGUAGAAUAUGCCUGCGGAAGCUCGCACAGAGCACGGGGAACUUGGAGCUCCGCCGGAACUACGUGCCUCGGAGCCAGGAUGAAACUUCCGCUUUGAUAGAGCCGCAACUCAAGAGCCAGAAGGAGAGCUGGCUCGCUCUAGCUCUGUUUUCCGCGCUGUUGUGCUCGCAAUGUUGCGUGUGGAACACUUGGGGCCCGAUAGCAGGUUUCGCCCUGCAGGCCUUCCCGAACUGGAACGAGUCAUUGGUGGCCCUGCUGUCCGACUGGGGAUGCAUCAGCUACCUCACCUGCUGCGUACCUUGCUGCUGGCUGCUCUACAAAAAAGAAUCUAGAUUUAAGCAGAAUACACAUGAUUUUUAUUUAUUGAUUUAUACUAAAAUUGAGAUGAGCGUGCUUAUCAAAGGCCUGGCGAUGUCUCUGCGAAUGGCGGCGAUCCUGUCGACUAUGGCGACCUUCGUCCGAUGCGUGUUCCACGAGGAGAACAUCUUCACGAUAACAGCGCACACCGCGGCCAUCCUGAACGGAUUAUCGGGAGUGAUCCUUGGUCCUGCUACAGCGCUGGUCUCUGCGGUCUGGUUCCCUCCGGGCGAGCGCACCACCGCUACUGGCAUAUCUUCCGCUUGUAAUCAAUUGGGAAUGGCAAUCUCCUAUCUAAUUGGACCGGCCGUAGUAGGGAACACGGCCGUGUACAAUACCACCUUCUCGACGAGGAAUGCGAGUUCCAGCGAGAGUGCUGCUUUCGAUAAGGCAUACUCCAGGGCACUGCGAGUGCAAAUUAUGUCUCUCAUGCGGAUCGAAUUUGUCGGUCAAUUCUUGAUCCUGGUAGGCGUCCUGUGCUUCCUUCCGAAGGAACCCUGCCAAUCUCUUGUGCCUUCUGAAAUCUCUGAGCGUCUGGGUCUCGUAGAAUCUGUCGUUCGGCUCUUAAAAAACAGAAACAUGUGGCGUCUCUGUUCGGCAGCUGCACUUAGCCAAGGCGUGACUGGACCGUGGCUCGCAAUGAUGACGAUGACUUUCGACGCCAGUAUUACUCAACAAGUCGGGUUUCAGGAGGAAGCGGACAAGUUGGCCUUCUGGACGAUCAUCCUCAGCGGCGUCUUGAGUUUGACGGCGUCGCGACUCGCGGACGCGUUUCAACGUCACCUAAAAGUCGCCCUUUACAUCCUGCUGGCUACUUCAUCGGCGAUGUUCCUCUGGAUACUCCUGCUGGACGAUCGCGUCCUUGUCUUUCACAAAGGCGAGCUGUACGCCGCAGUGAUCCUGGGGAUAUCCGCCAGCUGGUCCACCCCGGCCCUCUUCCUCGAGCUUGCUUCCGAGAUUGCGUUUCCGGUCUCGGAAGCCAUCGUCGGCGGCUACAUGAUCUUCCUGUCGAACCUGGUCGGCGCGCUCUUCUACUUCUCGUAUUUCCUGCCGUGGAUGAGUAAGUGAUGCUAAACAAUUAUCCAUUCAAAGAAUUAUUCUAUUCUUCCGUUACCUUCGAUUUUACAAGUUUCAAUUUUUUUCACACACUUGACCCGAUCGUGUCUAUUUUAUUUUCUUCAUUUUCUUGUUAGACGAACAUUGGUCAACGUACUGGACGUUCGCGAAUCUCGCGAUGGCGACGAUUCUUGUGAUAUAUGUCAAGGAAGAUUAUACUCGAACGAAGAUAGAGUAAGUGUUUGUAUUUGAUGACUUCUUCCUUUACUUCUUGUUAUUCUUCAUGUUAACAUUAUUAGUUUGGAAUCUCGAGCGUCCCAGGAGAAGUUGAAAGACUGCAAGAAGCACCGAAAGAAGAUAAUGCAUUAAUAUUGAUCCUGUUUAACAGAUAAAUCCAUAAAUUUAUUAAUUUGUAUAUUAAUUAGUCGAUAAACAUUCGCUCCUCUUUUCUCAACAAAUUUUAGUAACAAACAAUGUAGCGAAAUAUAUAAAUUCUUUUUUUUAAUAAACAUUUUAAAUUAUUGUUAAUAUACUGUCGAUUAUUCAGUAUUAAAGUUAACAUAAUUUAAUACAAGAAGUUAACGUAAAAACCACCUGCGGACACUUUGCGCUCUCGGGAUCACGCGCGUUACUGAGGUAACAUAAGUAAGUAGGAGGUAUGCAGAGCGAAGUGAACCGCAAGUUUGAAUUCGGAAAUUAACCUCUGAUGGCGCGCGAGAUUCGAGGUGCAAUUAUUCCUUCACACUUUUGCGCCAGUUAUUGCUGCAGUGAAUUGCCGUUUCGCGUUUGAAGCUUAGAUUUUAUUUCUUUCACGUCUUUUACGUCUUUUGUAACCUUCCAAAGCGAGAAAGUUAAUAAAUAAGAUUUAUUCGGCAAUAUUCAAAAAAGCGCGCGGAGGCGUCCGCUUCGAACGUCACGUCAGCUGAUUGGACUGUACUUGCACAGUCAUGACAUUUGCUCCCAUGAACCGACUUGCAUAUCAGCAGCAUUGUUGUGGAUUUAGUUGUUAUCGUCGUCUUGCCAGGAAAUAAUAGAACCGAUGACGAUGUUGGCAAGGAUCCUGAAUAGGUUAAACGAUACUUUUGACACCCAAGACGUUGCCCCGGCGUUCGCUGCUCUUGAUUGCGUCCGUCAUUCCCGAACAUGCUGCGAACGGAUCUUUUAGAGUCUCCAGACGGACUCCUUAGAUUGUAAGGGAUUAGCUCGAUGAUCGUCAUUGAUCGGAAAUCCAGUAGUCAUCGACAGUAGUCAUCAUGGAGAAGCAGAAA